AUGGAGAAGGAGGGAGGGCUACCCGAAGCCGGAGUUAUUAAUCAGCCCUUACCUUCUGAGGAGGAGAAGGCAGAAGCUUCACGAAGAAGCGCCCUGGCCGUUUUGGAUCAUAAGGAAACUGUUCAAAUAGAAUCCUAUGAAGGACCCAUCAGGGUUUCUUUGGAGGAGGUGGAAGCGAAGAAGCUGUCGGAAACGGAUGAAGGGAAGAAGAAAAGAAAAAGCAAAAGCAAGCGGGCAAAAGGAGAUGAAGAGACCUGGCCAAAGAAGGAAAGAAAAGAAAAGAAGUCGAGUGAGAAGAGGAAGCGCAGGCGAGAAGAUAAUCGCUUGAAGAAGGAAGAAAAGAGGAAGAGGGCUGAAAGCCCGGAUAUCGAUGGAGAAUCGACCAUCGCAAGGGUGGAAGAGGGGGUGUCAAAGCAAGAAAAAGAAUCAGCGCAACCUCAAGAGGCAUCAACGCAUAUCAGGACAGUUGCGACUGAAGACCGAGAGGAUCCAGACAUCACCCCUCUAAUGCGGCGUCGCAAGGAGAAUGCAUCGCAAAGGUCAACAAGUGACCCACAAUUUUGCCAAAGUCUAGCAGAAGAGAAGGAACGGAGAAAAAGAGAAGAAGAGGAAAAACAAGAAAAGAUGUUACGAGCGCAACAAAUUAUCGCAGCAGGAAAUUUGAAAAGAAAACUCCAAGAUGAGGAAAUUAACUCACUCGCUUAA